AUGUCGAUGGAUACAUGUACACUGUUGUUCCUGCUUCUCUUUGCUGUAAUAACACUAUCUCGAGGUACACCAAACCUCCUGAGAAUUGAUUGCGGAGCCGAUUUAAGCUAUACGGAUGAGCACGGAAGCUACUGGCACGCGGAUGAAAAUUACAUCCAAACUGGCACUAAUGAACAGGUCUCGAACAACAGCCUCACCACAAUAGAGGAGCUUAACAAUGUCCGUGCCUUCACGCAACAGAACAAGAACUGCUACACAUUACCGACCCCGAUGCGGACAAAGUAUUUCAUUAGAGCCGCUUUCUACUAUGGCAACUACGACCACCUCUCAAGACCGCUGACUUUCAACUUGGAGUUCGAUGGGAACAAAUGGGCGACCGUGGCGGUCACUUUGGCCAGCCCGCUCCAAUAUAACGAGUUGAUUUACACUGCCAAAAGAGACAAUGUCAGCGUGUGA